AUGUGCGAGCCAUCAGAAACCUUUAUUUGUCCAAUCACUCAUGAACUUAUGGUUGAUCCAGUCAUCGAUGGCGAUGGUAACAGCUAUGAACGAGGUGCUAUUGAAGAUUGGCUUCAACGAAAUGGUACAUCGCCAAUUACUCGUGUUCCUCUCUUAGCAUCUGAUCUCCGUCCGAAUCGUGCACUUAAAACAGCCAUAGAUGAAUAUCGUCGUUCAAUACAAUCUAAUGAUCAAUUAACUGCUGCACCAUUGAAUAACUUGACAUCCUAUGAAUUUACAGCCUCUGGAAAUUAUAUUGACGGCUUUGUUCAUAUUUCAAUUCAGCCACCAUUACAGGCAAACGGUGAUUUAACUGCUGAGUCGACCGGAUGGCCGAAGUCCAUCCGAAAAUAUACAGCUGAUUUGGUAAAAAGAUGUACAACAAAAAAACGUUUAGCCAGCAGCCGCCUACUCGAGGAACAAAACCUAGAUGUAAACCGUUCCCCGUGCGAUAUUUGCUGUGUAGUCGAUAUAUCAGGUUCAAUGGCUACGGCAAGUGAAAUCCAAAAUGAUGCUAAUGAAAAGUUUGGUCUAUCCCGAUUAGAUCUAGUUAAGCAUGCGAUAAAAACAGUUGUACAAUCGCUUCAACCACAAGAUCGUUUAUCGCUUGUAUCGUUUUCGCAUAGUGCUAAAAUCCUCUUUCAAUUAACAAAUAUGACUGCAGAUGGCAAAUCAAGUGCUUUAGCUGCUUUGGCAAGAUUAACAAGCGAUGGUGACACUAAUUUAUGGAGUGGUAUGCAGACUGGCCUUGAAGUUUUAUCGAAAGGUCAAAGAGCUAUUGGAAGUAAUGCGGCUCUCUUUCUUCUGACUGACGGCUGUCCUAAUGUUGAGCCCCUGCGUGGUCAUUUACCAACACUUGAAAAAUUCAAGCACAAAACUAAUUUUACAUGUACAAUUAGUACGUUUGGUUUCGGUUAUGAUUUGGACAGUAAACUUCUUGAAGAAAUUGCCAUGUUAGGAAAUUCAGGCUCAUAUGCAUUUAUUCCUGAUGGAUCAUUUGUAGGAACAAUUUUUGUUAAUGCUAUGACUACAUUAUUGGCGACAGUGGCUACAAAUGUGCAGAUACACGUUCAUGGCCCACAAAUUGAAUCAUCUGAUUAUACACGUUGGUAUUCAACAACAACUGCUGAUCAAGCUACAGUGUUUAAUUUGGGCUCGAUAACAUGUGGGCAAAGCAAAGAUUUACUCAUCCCUAUUUCUUCUGAGUUAUUUUCGAAAUACGAAUUUUUUGUUAUCUACGAUACGUUACAAAAGAAAAAGGAUUCCAUAAGAAUCAAUAUGAAUGUAAAUCCUCAAGAAGAAGAUGAUCUUCGUCGUCUUACUCAGCAAAAAUUUAGACUUCAAUUCGUUCAUUGUGUACGAACUGCUUCAGAAGCAAUGCGCCGCGAAGCAAAUCAAGAUUUUGUAAUAGCGAUGAAUUAUAUCAAACAAUUAGAGCAAGACAUGAGAAAUUAUACAAAUGGAAGUGAUGCAUUUGUCAAAGAUUUAUUAGCAGAUUUAACAGGACAAGUACAAGAGGCUCUCGGGAAGAAGGAUUGGUUUAAGAAAUGGGGUGUACACUUUUUACCUAGUUUAACUCGCGCACAUCUUCUUCAAUAUUGUAACAAUUUUAAAGAUCCUGGUGUUCAACACUAUGGACGCGGUACAGUUUUUUCCAAGAUACGCGAUGAAAUGGACACUAUAUUCUGUUCUUUGCCGGCUCCAAAACGUUCAAAACAAACUGGUGCUGCCAUAAACAUGACGGUCUUUCACAAUGCCGCUGGCGGAUGUUUUCAUGGCGAAUGCAAAGUGCGUUUAAUGAAUGGAACCAGUAAAUUAAUCAAAAAUGUUAAACCAGGUGAUAGAAUGGCACCUCAUGGAGGAAUGGUCAAUUAUGUUGUUAAAACAAAGUGUCAAAAUGAAAAAGCAAAAAUGGUUGUAAUUGAUAAUGGUCUUAUUAUUACUGCUUGGCAUCCGAUUCGUCUCCAUCAACGAUGGAUUAUGCCUUGUUCACUUGUCUCUGCGCCUACUGAAAUUUCUUGUAAAGAAGUUUAUAACUUUGCUCUCGAUCAAGGUCACACUAUAUUCGUCAACGAUAUGGAAUGCGUUACAUUAGGUCAUGGAUUCAAAGAGGAUAUUGUGCGACACGCGUACUAUGGCACUCAACGCGUAAUCGAAGAUUUACGUCAACUCGAUUCCGAACAAAAUAAUUCAGGAAUAAUUGAGAUUACUGUAGAAGGGCUAAUACGCAACAAAGAAUCUGGUUUAGUCACUAAUUUACGAUUGAUUGGCAGGCAGCAUCAACCACAAAUAAAAGUUCAAUAA